UCAAUCACAUAUUGCUAGCUCACUGUAAGACUUAGCUCAUUAUGAGGUUUAGCUCACUCCCCCACCCUCUCAUUGUAGAUAAUAUCGCUUGUUCAAAAAAAAAAAUGUCAAAUAGAAAAAUGUUUUUUUUGUUAGCACCCCACAUUAAAAUUAAAUAUUAAAUGACUCAUUUGCCUAACAUCCAAAAAAAAAAACACCCCUAAAAAUGCAACUCUUCCACAAUGAUCACAACAAACCCUUAAUUUCCUAGUUGAAAUAAAUUAUCCCGUGCUGGAAUGCUUCCCUUUUUCUAUUUAACUUGGUCGGUCUUUGUCCCUCACCUCACCUUCCUAAAAUCAAUGCAUUCCCUUCUGCUUCGGUCUUUGUUUCCUUUCCUUUUGGUCACUUCCUUUACCUCAAUCAACUUUGAGUUAUGUUUGUGUCAACCCUACUCAAUCUGCAAGGAAGCUAUUAGCUGUGGCGGAAUCGGAGACAUCUCGUACCCCUUUUGGGGAGUAAACAGACCCAAUUUCUGUGGCCAACCUGGGUUCGAGCUCCGAUGCCUAGAUGAUGUCCCGGUGAUCAACAUGUCGAAUAUCAGCUACAGAAUUCUCGAAAUGAACUCAAGUAGUCCUCGGACUAUUAAAGUUGCUAGGCAGGACUAUUGGAAAACUCUCUGUCCUUCGAGUUUUGCAAACACCAGCAUCAACUUCUCUCUGUUUAAUUAUAGUUCCGGUCUUACGAACGUGACAUUUUACUACGGGUGCGAUGUGGAUGUUCCGAGAGUUUAUUAUAGUUCCCAAGUAUGCAAUGUAAACAACGGAUCUGAUCAAGUUGACACCGGCCUCUGUAAAGUCAAUGUCACUGUUCCAGUCUUUAGUACAGCUGCUAUCGGUAUAGAGGUCAAUCCAACGACUCUCCAGGACGCGAUAGACGGUGGUUUUAAAUUGGAAAUUAAGAUUGAUAAUGAUCAAUGCAAUAGUUGUGAGGGAUCAGGAGGUCGGUGUGGGCAUAACACGACGACUGGUGGAUUCACUUGCCAUUGCCAAGAUCAGGCGUCUGCAACCAUAUGCAAUUCAACUUCAACUGAACCAUCAGGUGCUAAUGAUCAAUGCAACAGUUGUGUGGAAUCAGGAGGUAGGUGUGUACUUAACACAACGAGUGGUGGAUUCGCUUGCUUUUGCCAAGAUCAAGCAUAUGCAACCAUGUGCAAUUCAACUUCAACUGAACCAUCAGGUUCAUUGUCGCCUAGUUGGAAAAUUGGUAUUUCUGCUGGUGUUUCGGGGACUAUAGUAGCAGUUAUUUGCAUAAUAUGCAUAUCGUGGAAAAGAAAAUUAAUGUGCUUCUCAAAGAAGGAUAAAACGGAUGAUUUUGAUGUCGGGGCUUUUAUAAGGAAUUAUGGAUCACUUACUCCAAAGCGGUAUAGUUAUUCAGACGUGAAAAAAAUGACAAUCUCCUUCAGAGAUAAAAUAGGUAAAGGAGGAUAUGGCACUGUCUACAGAGGAAAACUACCCGACGGCUGUCUUGUUGCAGUGAAAGUCCUCAGCGACUCCAAAGGAAAUGGAGAAGAAUUUAUCAAUGAGGUUGCUAGCAUUGGUAGAACUUCCCAUGUCAAUGUAGUCACGCUUUUCGGAUUCUGUUACGAGAGGGAUAAAAGAGCUCUGAUUUACGAAUUUAUGCCUAACGGAUCUCUUGAUAAUUUCAUACAUAAGCAAGGAUCCGAUAUUGACAAUUGUCGCUUGGGGUGGAAGACAUUAUCCGAAAUAGCAGUCGGUGUUGCGCGAGGACUAGAGUACUUGCACCGCGGUUGCAACACGAGAAUUUUGCAUCUCGACAUAAAGCCGCAAAACAUUCUUUUGGACAAAGACUUUUGCCCUAAAAUCGCUGAUUUCGGUCUUGCAAAACUAUGUAAAGCGAAGGAGAGCGUUGUGUCGAUGUUGGGCACAAGAGGAACUGCAGGAUACAUCGCACCUGAAGUAUUUAGUCGGAGCUUUGGAGGAGUGUCUCACAAGUCUGAUGUGUACAGCUACGGAAUGCUGGUUCUCGAAAUGGUUGGAGCAAGAAAGAAUUUGGAUUCCGGAGUGUCUCAUACGAGUGAAAUGUUUCCGCAUUACAUUUAUAAAGAUCUAGAGCUAGAGAACAAUGCGAAUGUUUUUGGGGCUAGCAGUGAGGAGGAAAAUGAAAUAGCAAGAAAGAUGGUGUUAAUAAGCAUGUGGUGCAUUCAGACCAUUCCUUCCGAUCGGCCAUCGAUGAGCAAAGUGGUGGAGAUGUUGGAAGGACCCAUUCAGUCCUUGCAACUUGCACCCAAGCCUUCCUUGUUUUCUCAUACAACAGCUGCAGAAAACUCUAUGAGUACAAACCAACAGUCUGAUGAAACAAGCUAGGGCAACUAGAUUUGUUAGCAGAUCUUUGGUAAUUAGGAAUUCCUGAUGAAUUGUAAGAAAAUUUUGCUUUGUGAAAUGAAAUUUUUUUGCAUGAUAUAUAUGAAACAUGUUUCCUUCUAAUUCUGUUCAAUAAAGUACACUGACUAGCUAGUCUAGGGAUACUUUUAAGAGGUUCA